GCGAGCCAGGGCUCUGCUUGGAAUGCAAAACUGCUUAACGACCACAUCUUUAGCCUUGGCCCUCCCCGAUGGGCCUCCUUCCCCUUUUACAGGGAGUCCUCGACUUAUAUAGAAUAGAAUAGAAUUUUUAUUGGCCAAGUGUGAUUGGACACACAAGGAAUUUGUCUUGGUGGAUACGAUCUCAGUGUACAUAAAAGAAAAGAUGUGUUCAUCAUUAUAUCGGCUGGUUUAGUGACCGUUCAAAGUUAGAUCGGCACUGAAAAAAAGUGACUUAUGACCACUUUUCACACUUAGGGCCGUUGCAGCAUUUCCCAUGAAUAGGUGAUCAAAAUUCAGAUCCUUAGCAAGUGAUUCAUAUUUAAGACCGUUGCCUUAUCCCAAGUUAACGUGAUCACCUUUUGCUACCUUCUGAAAAGCAAAGUCAAUUGGGAAAAGCCAGAUUCACUUAACAACCUUGGUAUUAAUUUAUCCACUGCGGUGAUUCACUUAACUGAGGCAACAAAGGUCGUAAAAUGGGCAAAACUCACUGAACAAAAAAAGAGAAAUCUGGGGCUCAAUUGUGGUUGUAAGUCGAGGACUACCUGUAUUAGAUUAUAUCAAACCAAAUAGAAUGUCAGCAACAACUUCCCGAAAGGAGAAAUGAAUUGAUUAUAUAUAUAUAAUAUAUAUUAUAUAUGACCUGGAGGCGUGUAGCUGGUGUGUAAUAAUAGUCGGGCUACCAGAUGACCCCAAGAUGGUGGCAAGGAGAUGUAGGAGCAUCUUAUUCUUUUCUGCCUUGUGGAGGGGCAGAUUUUUGAAGUUCAGAUCUAGUAACCCUAGAAAUGGGGGCUGCUUUAUUACCAUCUUUGGAGUUUUCUUAAACAUUCGGAUUUGGUGUUGCAAUUAUGCACGGAAUAAUGCAAGAGCGGGAGAGUGUUGGAGUCUGGAGAUCCAGCCCAAAGAGGACUUUGACUGGACCCUAGGAGGACCAAGGGAGGAGCUCCAUCAUGGAGCUCCUUUUGUGGAAUUCACAGACCGAACAUAUACAGACAAGCGUGGUUUAUCGAUUGCUCGAUUCUGGGCUAGUAGCCAGGAUUAAGAGACUAAGGGAGCUGGGCUGCUUAUGAAAAUCAGUGGAAUUUUCUUCUCAGUUAACCUUCACUGAGGGUGAAGAGGCAAUCGUUUUGAUUGGGCCAACUUAGAGUCACAGAAGUUUUAUACAUUUUAUAAUUAAAUAUGACUUCCCUGGAUUUUCAGCUCACUGUGAACAAUUCUGUGUAAGUCUAUUUAGCAAAGAUUUGUUAGUCUUUGGGAUGUGGGGAGAUUUUUACCAUUUACAGCAGAAGGUAGGAGGAAACUGGAUAUGUUGAAGCUUCUAAAUGGACUGCAUCCAACAGGAACACCAAAUUAAAUGGAUAUAUGAACUCUGCAAUAAUGAAAAUGUGACUGAUGUUGCAUCUGUCAUGAUGUCUAGCAACAUAAAAGACAGUCUUGAGCUUCAAGUGGCAGAAUUGGAAAUGCUUUUGUCUAUGUUUCCUAAUAAAGGAGAAAUAACUCUUCAAGAUGAAAAUAUUUUCCAGAAUAUUCAGAGAUACCUGAACAAUACAACUGAAAAUGUCCCGCCUAAAAUUGAGUAUUCAGUUGCUGUUCCUAUAAAUGAAACCAAGGCCAUUGUAAAUUUGCAGGUGGAAUUGCCUCACAGUUACCCCUAUGUGACACCACAGCUUUUUGCGAGAUCAAAUACACUAGACAGGCAACAACAGUUGCAGCUCAAUAAAGACCUUAGGUCUUAUAUUGCUACUUUAGAGUCUGAAGAACUUUGUAUAUGUGCAGCUGUUCGGUGGUUACAGGAUAACAGUACCUUCAGAGUACAAAAUAGUGAAGUUUGUGAAAGAACGACAAGGAAAGAAAUAGUCAAAGCACCAUUUAAACGCAUGUGGAUUUACAGCCAUCACAUAUACCGACAAGAACUGAGGAAAAAGAUCUUUGAAUAUGCAAAGAAAUUAAAUCUGACUGGUUUCUGCCUAGCUGGGAAGCCUGGGGUGAUUUGUGUGGAGGGCACAAAAGAAAACUGUGAAGAGUUUUGGCAUAUUAUUAGAUAUCCCAAUUGGAAACACAUUUCCUGCAAGCAUCUUGAGACUGGAGAAGCAGAAGGAAAUGGGGAAAGUUUCCGUCUCUUUCAGACCUUUGAAGAUUUACAGUUUCAAGCUCAUGGUGAUUAUGGAUUAAGGAAUGACUAUCACAUGGACCUUGGUCAAUUCCUAGAAUUUCUUAAGGUUCACCAAAGUGAACACAUAUUUCAGAUCUUGUUUGGCAUCGAAGGAAAAAGUCCUGACACUUAGCACAAGUUCACUCCCUCUCUGGUUCUUGACAAGGUUUUGAAAUCUUCAAGCACCAAACAAGAACAAAUGUGCUAGGAGGACGGUUCUGGGUUAUGUUUGUAUGAAAUCAAGAGGGAGGAUUGGUGUGGUAUUAUAAUGUAUGAUAUAAUAAAAUAAAAUCCAGUAUUUAUACAUUUCAAAAUGCCUACAUCUCUGGAGAUUAGAACAUGACACAGAGCAUAAAAAAUAAGUGGUAGGGCUGAGCAACCCUUUUGAAAAAAAAUGCUUUGCAACAUGUAAUAUGCACUUGUCUUCAAAUCCAUAAAGCAGCCAUCGUAUCAAUUAUUUGGGCUUGUAUGGCUACUUAUAAACUGCUUCCAGAUGGAUCCAUAUCUUUGAAAGCA